CCACUGACCGAAGAACCGACCCUCAUUACCUCAUUACACAGCGGCAGUGCAGGUGAGUGACAUUCAACACGGAGCGCCGCACCUGAGGGAUUAUUCAUUAGCACCAUGACGUCAUGCUGGGGUGAAUAGAGUGCGCUGAAGCGGAGCUGUUCACUCGCACAGGUGCUUAACACUGAUACUCCAACACCAUCAGACACAUGAAGGCCAUGAAAGCUGCUUUCCUCAUUGCGUCUCAUCUGCUGUACCAGUUAGUUUGCAUUGACACAUCAAGAACUCCAGACUGCACUUCACACAUGGAUGCUUGUGUUUCUCCACGCAUCUGCAGAAGUGAACAGGCUGUCCUCAGAGAUAUCUGUAAUUAUAAAGAUGGAAGCUGCCACCCGACUGACGCCAAGGUCUGUAACGCCACACUUCAGAUGAUGUUAAGCCACUCACCUGCGUUGGGAAAGUGUGUGUGUUCUGGGCCGGAUCCAUGCGGCACUCUACAACAGCUGUUUUCUCAGUGCCAGCAUCGCUUGGCUCAAAAAAAUAAGCGACUUGAGGCAGAAUGGAAAGCCAGUGUACACCACACAAGCAAAUCCUGUCUUGAAGAGACAGUAGCUUGUCUUGGGGAAGAAGCCUGUAACAGACGGAUGGUGCCAUUUGUCCAGGAGUGCAACGCAUACCAAUGCAACCCCAGCCAGUGCAGACAGGCAAUGAGGCAGUUCUACUCGGCUCUUCCUCACAAUGUGGCUGAGAGACUGGUGUUCUGUGACUGUGACGGAGAAGACCACGAAUGCCAGGAGAUGAAGGCCUCUCUACACUCUGGAUCCUGUGUGAACGACCAGUCGCAGACACCCUGGACCUGCCUGGAGGCGCUGGACAGCUGCUCUGAGGAUGCAUUGUGCAGGCAGAUAUUUAACAGGUACCUGUCCAAAUGUUUUGAGGCAGAGGACUCUGCAUAUGAUUUGACGAGUGACUGGCUAAAUCUUCUAAACCCUGACAACUUUCUUGGGGAAGACCUUCAAUGCAGGGUGGCAUUUGUGGAAACUAUGGGUUCAGUACUUCAUCACCCCUGUACUUGUGAUGGAUUACAUCACCAUGACCAAUAUAAGUGCAAUGAGCUGAAACAGAUUUUCCAAGACAAGUCCCUCUUCAAGCUCUCAAGAACCAAAGGAAAUUUCCGACAUGGAGAAUCCCAUGAAUCAAACAUUGGGCGACAACCAACCAAUACACCAAAUGCUGAUCUGCAGUGGUUAGGUGGUGAAACUGUCCGACGUGGACAAUCCGAUGAUUCAAGCAAUGGGCAACAACAAACCAAUGAAUCAAGGUUUAAGCAGCAGUGGCUGAGUGAUCAACUGUUGUACCUACUGAUCUAUAUCUCUGCAUUAAUGGUGGUGGUGUUAUUCAUUGUCAGCCUUGUUUUGCUCAGACUGAGGAGAAUACACCAAACUGCUGAAAAACCAACUUUUGAGGCCCAUCAAUCAAAAUCUCUAAUGUUGUCUUCUGUUAUUAUUUGAGUAGUUUUAUAAAAUUCUGGUUUCUUUAAGGGGCAGUUAUAUUCCUGAUACUUUGCACAUUGUAGUUAUAUAUUAAUAUUUCAUUGUGAAUUGUAAUGAAAAAGAGGGGAAGAACUUGAUUUUACCUACAGGGAAUUGAAAGGAUUGUGAAAAGUGGCAGAUUCCCUUUUUGGGAACUGUGAUUGUGAUGGAGACUGAUGGUCGAGUUAACCAGAGCAUCCCAAAGGUGACAUUUCUUUUUCAAUAUUUGCAAUUAUAGUCGUAACCUUUAUUACAUUAAAGGGGUUAAAACACGUUUGUUUUUGCGAAUGUGACUCUCCAUAGGCGUAAUGUUUUUAUACUGUACAAACUGUAUUUUCUAUCGCCCUACACCAACCCUACCCCUAAACCUACCCAUCACAGGAAACUGUGCACAUUUUUACUUUCUCAAAAAAUCUCAUUCUGUAUGAUUUAUAAGCUUUUUGAAAAAUGGGGACAUGGGGUAAUGUCCUCAUAAGUCACCCUCUCCUUGUAAUACCUAUGUCAUACCCAUGUCAUUAUACAAAUUUGUGUCCUGAUAUGUCACAAAAACGCACACACACACACACACACACACACACACACACACACACACACAAACACACACACAUAUUGUAAUUUUCAUACCUGAAACAAUUCUCCUCACUGAAAAAGAAACCAAGCCAAUAAACCAAUAGAUGAGUUGGGUUUUGUGUAGUUCAGUAUUGCACAAUAUUGUUCAAUGCAGCUAUUUUUUUGUAAUGUGCUACUCUGGUUUUGUUUCAGGGCAUAAACUAUAAAUAAAGUGUUAAUGAGCAACA